CUAAAAGAGUAUCAAGGAAAACGUAAAGUAAACCGUACACGAAAUAAUUUACCAUGAUAUUGUAGCGUUGUUUGCUGUUUAGCAUCAGCUGCUUACAAUCAGAACGAGAGAUUUAUAAUUCGUAACCGAAUAAUUAUUUUGAGCCUGUUCUUUUCAAUGACUCGACCAAACGGGAAUCGGUUCAUGAUUCAGUUCGAAUUCGAGCUCUCUGACGCGCCAAAAGUCGUUUUCGGCAAUUUGUCAUUCCAUAAAACAUAAAUGAGAAACGUUUUGAACUCAUGGAGCAAAAACAGGGCGGGAUUAAGAAGAUAACUACAAUUCAUGGAAACUAAACCUGGAAAUACGUAUUAUUGUUUACCAACGAUGGAGAAGGUUCAACACCUGCACGCACCACUCUCGAAAGGAUGCGGGAGCGGGAGCUGCAGCGUGUGGGCAGGAGAUUGCUGCUGUUGGGCAUCUGUCUGCUGACUCUCUGGGGUCAGCUGAGUCUGGCCUCAACACAUCGCAGCCAUAUUGUACACGUCAAAGCGGGAACCUGUGAGGUCAUUGCAGCCCACCGCUGCUGUAACAAGAACAAAAUCGAGGAGCGCUCCCAAACUGUCAAGUGUUCUUGCUUCCCUGGGCAAGUUGCUGGGACAACAAGAGCGGCUCCUUCCUGUGUGGACGCUUCUAUAGUAGCACAGAAGUGGUGGUGUCAGAUGCAGCCGUGUAUGGAGGGCGAGGAGUGUAAGGUGUUGCCGGAUCUAAAAGGUUGGAGCUGCAGCACGGGAAACAAAGUCAAGACGACCAAGCCGAGUCGCUGUGUAUGUUCGGUUGACACGCAGGGCUUGUAGCCAUCCAUCAGAC